GUGGGCUCUCACAGGGAGGAUGGMAGCGUGGGCAUGCGUGGCAGCCAUCCCAUCGGACCCAACCAAGUGCCAGUCCCCCAGCUGCCCCAGCAGUCUGCCACGUCACCAGAUCUCAACCAGACUGAUACAUACCGGGCUCUCUCCAGUGGUCUCCAGGGCCAGAGCGCCUCGUCCAUCUCGUCAGAGAUCAAGUCGGAGGAUGAGGGGGAUGAGAACCUGCAGGAUGCCAGAUCUAUGGAGGCCAAGAAGGAGGAGUCCGACAACAAGGACCUCAAGUCUAUUGAUAGGUCAAGAUCUAGCAACGCGGAUGACGAGGACUUGUCUCCGGAGCAGAAGAUCGAACGCGAGAAGGAACGCAGGAUGGCCAACAAUGCCCGAGAGCGGCUCCGUGUCCGYGACAUCAACGAGGCUUUCAAGGAGCUGGGGCGUAUGGUGCAGCUGCACCUGAAGAGUGACAAGCCACAGACCAAACUGCUCAUACUGCAUCAGGCCGUGGCCGUCAUACUGAGUCUGGAGCAGCAAGUCAGAGAGAGGAACCUGAACCCUAAGGCGGCGUGUCUGAAGAGACGUGAGGAGGAGAAGGGCUCGUCGGACGGCGGAGCGCUCUCUCCCUGGCCGGGCCGCACCACGCCAUGGGGGACGCCUCCAACCCAAUUGGGACAAAUGUCCAAGCUCCCGGAGUUCAUCAAGAUGAUGAGUGACCACUUCCUUUGACAACAUUCUCCUAUUUCCUGAACCAAUCAAUCAACCGAUCACGUCAAUCAACGAUCGAUCGAUCUGACCACCUGAUCUGACCAAUGUCUUGCCCUGACCACCUGUCUUUUGUCUUCUGUAGAAAUAAAUGAACCCAAAUGUAUAUUGGCUAUGGAACAACAUAACAGAUAGUACAAUACUACAGUAACUACAGUACUACAGAUACUA